GUUAAUACAAACGUAUACCCAAAAAAAAAAAAAUCAUGGUAAGCACCCUAACAUGCCUAAUUGUAAUGAGCCACACAUUUUAGCUUAAACAAGCCAUGUUAGGAGUUGAGUUUUAUUGUCAAAAAUCACGCUUGUCAUAACUCUUCGCAGUUUGAGCUGAUUAGUUGGUCCAUUUUACCUCAAAAAUGUGGAACUGCUAAUGUUUCAACAGCUGUAAAGUUUUAAUAAUGCCCUAUCUCACAAAUUCAACCCAAAACAUUAAAAGAAGUAUUAAUAUUAUGAAAACAAUUGAAUUUUAUACAUUGUUCUUUUUAAAUUUUUUUUUUUAUUACCAGUUUCCAGAUUAAUAAAAAGUUGUAAAAUUUAGUUAAGGUGGGGUUUCUGAAAAUAUAGAUUCUGAUAAAGGUUUUAAAAAAUAACUUAAAGUAUAAAUUGGCAUGAUAGGCCCAUAUAUAUACAGUAUAUAAACCGUUAAUGAUUACCCUCUUUGGGAUAUAUAACCAGCAGGAGGCGCUGGUUUUCACAGACCGGCUGCAGUAAACAGUUUCCGCUUUUAGAUGACACAGUGACAGAGCCGAAUUUCAAAAUGUACAAGUUCAUAAAGAUUGUAUUUAUUAGCGUGUUUAUUACAAUACUGGCUGUUUUCAGCAUUGCGUCCAUCAGGACGUUUUCCUUGGACGUAAAUGCAGGACUGCAACUCGCACAAUGGGAAAAGACCAACAACAUGUCGCUGGUCAUAGACCACCAUCAGAGAGAGGAGCUGCUAGCAAAGUUUAAAGAGGCGAUCCGAAUCCCUACAGUGUCCUCAGAGACGGAAAUCAACACCACAGCUCUCAAUCACUUUGGAGAGCUCCUCCGUAAAGCUUUCCCCACAGUUUUCUCCUCAAGUUUGGUUCAACAUGAGUUGGUGGCUAAUUACAGCCACCUGUUCUAUGUGCGAGGAUCCCAGCCUGACUUGGUUCCAUAUAUGCUGCUGGCCCACAUUGAUGUAGUACCUGCCACCGAGUCAGAUGGCUGGGAGGCUCCGCCUUUUUCUGCCAAAGAGAUAGAUGGCUUCAUCUAUGGUAGAGGCACCAUAGACGACAAGAACUCUUUAAUGGCCAUACUUCAAGCCUUGGAGUACCUACUAAUUAAAGGCUAUGCUCCCCGAAGGGGGUUUUACAUUGGUUUUGGUCACGAUGAAGAGGUCAGAGGUUACAAUGGAGCUAUGAACAUCGUUCGCCUGCUGAAGCAGCGAAAUGUGGAGCUAUCAUUUGUGCUGGAUGAGGGCCUGGCUGUAAUGGAUGGAAUCAUCCGUGGCUUGGAAGGACCUGCCGCCCUAAUUGGACUGAGUGAAAAAGGCUCGGCCAACGUGAAGCUCUCUGUGUCUAUGACUCCUGGUCACUCCUCAAUACCUCCUAGGGAGUCCAGUAUUGGGAUUUUGUCUGCAGCAAUAAAAAGACUGGAGGACAACCCCAUGCCGAGACUGUUUGGUCUCGGACCUGAACGGGAAACUUUUGAGCAUCUGGCCCACAAGUUUUCACUUCCACUGAAGUUUGUGAUGUCAAAUUUGUGGCUGUUCUCUUCGGUCCUCUCCAGGAUAUUUGAAAGAAAGCCAGACAUGAAUGCUUUUGUGAGAACAACCACAGCAGUCACCAUGUUUAACGCUGGAGUCAAGGUGAAUGUCAUCCCUUCUUAUGCUGAAGCUUAUGUAAAUCUGCGGAUUCACUCAGCGCAGACGUUACAGGAGGUCAUGGGCCUCGUUGAGGCGACAGUCGGGGACCCCCGAGUGAAAGUGGAGCUUGUUGAUGGCUUUGACCCUCUGCCAGUCAGCUCUGCUGAUGAAAGGUCCUUUGGCUUUCAGAUCAUCAAGAAAACUGUUCUGGAUGUGUUUCCAACGGUGACAGUAGCUCCAGGGAUCUGUAUCGGUAACACCGACAGCCGCCACUUCAAAGAACUCAGCAAAGACAUUUAUCGUUUCUCUCCUAACUGGUUUAAACCUGGCGAUAUUCAAAGGUUUCAUGGGAUUAAUGAAAGAAUUUCCAAAAAGAACUACGAGGAAAUGAUUCAGUUUUACUUCCGUCUGAUUCAAAACUGUGACACCAAGAAGCUUCCAGAGCCACACAGCUCCUUGCAUGAAUUAUGAGCCGUUAUGAAAUCACUUCUUUUUUAGUUUUUGAUGCUGCUUAAAUGGAAAUAACUUGAUCAAUUUCAAUGGAUUUUUUUAUUGUUCUUUGACUAAAAUUGAUCAGUAAAUAGAAUAGCUUACCUGUCUUGUUAGAUUUCAAAGACAAUACUAGAGAAAAUUGCAUUUCCUGCGGAA